GCAUGGGCAGCCGUACAGAGCGGCAACAUAUUUUGUUGAAUCGAGGUAUACCAUGGACUCCAACGUCAAGGUACCCUCUCUCUCUCUCACAAGGACAAUCGCCUGGGAACCCUGAGCAUCCAGCUGCUUGAUUCGGAUCAGUCAUUAUUGCAAGAUUAUUGCACUCCGACACCCUGGGCCGACCUCAGCAAUCUCUGAAACUUGAAGCUGGGGGUGGGGGUGGGAUGUCGGAUGUGGGAUGUGGGAGGAUCCAACUUCCGGCUCAUCGAGUUCGAGGAUUGGAGUGAUGGGCACGGUGGAUCGAGACCUCUGGGUCUUGUGGGCUCCACUUGAAGACGACAGUUCCGACUUGUCUACAACAACAUGUGUUGAUAUCGCAACAAUACCAGUGUUCCAGUCCUCAUAUACCGGGGUUUCCCCCUGGGGUCCCGGACCUCCAUAUCGAGGACUACAACGUUGUGGAUAAGUGGAGACGAUUGCGGUCCAUGGGUACUCUUCCGACAUGUGAGGGUCAUCGGCAGUGGGCCUACAAAAGGGCAGUCAUGCCAUGGAACCGUUGAGUAGGGGUUUGGUUAGAACCACAUGCCUUUGUGGAUCGGGUUACAGUAUUCUGAAACAUAGUCCGCUUGCCAACAGGUCUGUUCUUUGGGGUGCGAAAGUGUCGCCAUUAGUGUCGCCAUCGAUAUCAUGGCGUCUGAAAGCAAGACUGAUGUCCUCAUUGUCGGAGCCGGGCCGGCAGGGCUCAUGAUGGCGAAUUGGAUGGCUCAUUGCGGCAUCGAUGCACGCAUUGUCGACAAGAGAGGCACCAAGAUAUUCAACGGCCAAGCAGACGGGCUAGCGUCUCGCACACUGGAGAUUUUUGAUUCUUUUGGGUUCGGCCAUCGAGCCUGGAUUGAAUCGAACCAUCUGCUCGAAAUCUGUCUGUGGAACCCUGAUGAAAACGGCGUCAUCCAGCGAAAUGAUCGGAUCCCCGACACGAUUCCUUGUAUCAGUCGUUUUCAACAAGUGGUGCUGCAUCAAGGUCGAAUUGAGCGUUUCUUCCUGGACUCCAUUGCCAGCAAAAGUGAUAUCAAGGUCGAGCGAGGUGUUAUGCCUACCAGCCUCAAGCUAGAUGAAUCUGUGGCCGAGGAUCCUGAUGCUUAUCCCAUCACCGUCACUCUACGGCACCUCUCCGAAGAGGACGCAACACCGAAGCAGAACGCCACGUUACCCAACGGCUCUGCAGUUGCAGACGGAUUGUUUCGGAGCAAUUUAUCUCCUGACGACACGGAGGAACUGAUCAGAAAGGCUGAGCUCAACAGUAAAGCCAACACGGAAGAAAUUGUCAAAGCAAAGUAUGUCUUGGGCGCAGAUGGGGCUCAUUCGUGGGUCCGACAACAGCUGGGAUUCAAGCUCGAAGGAGAUUCCACAGACUACGUCUGGGGUGUUAUGGACAUCAUUCCCAUUACCGACUUCCCGGAUAUUCGCAUGAGAUGCGCAAUUCACUCCGCCAGCUCAGGCAGUGUGAUGGUCAUUCCUCGAGAAAAUAAGCUGGUCCGUCUCUAUAUCCAGCUCACGACAACCGGGGCAGAAAAGGCAGGCAAAUUCGAUAGAUCGACGAUCACCCCAGAGUUAAUCAUACAGUCGGCUCAACGGAUCAUGGCGCCGUAUAAGAUAACGUAUCGUUAUUGCGACUGGUGGACUGCAUAUCAGAUUGGCCAGAGAGUUGGCACGCAGUUCUCGGCCAAAGAACGCAUCUUCCUUGCCGGAGACGCUGUCCAUACGCACAGCCCCAAGGCAGGCCAAGGAAUGAAUGUCAGCAUGCAAGAUGCGUACAACUUGGGUUGGAAGGUGGCUAGUGUCGUCAAAGGUACUGCAAAUCGUUCGAUUCUGAAAACCUAUCAGUCAGAACGGCGGCGUAUCGCACAAGACCUCAUUCGAUUUGACCAUAAGUUCUCGAGAUUGUUCUCGGGCAGGCCGGCCAAGGAUGUCAUGGAUGAAGAGGGCAUCAGCAUGGCCGAGUUCAAAGACGCAUUUGAGAAAGGCAACAUGUUUGCCAGUGGCACCGCCGUUGAUUACGGCUCCAGCAUGAUCGUUGCAAAGCCGGGUGAUUCGGCUGAACAGGGAGAUGGUUCAGACGUUGCCAUCCACAAUGACGCAUACAAGGUUGUUAGCAAGCCGUCUCUAGCCAGCAAAGUGGAAAUUGGCAAAAGAAUGGCGAGUUUCAAAGUCCUUAACCAAUCCGACGCCCGACCGUCGCAUUUCCAGGAGCUACUUCGCAGCAAUGGGUCCUGGAGGGUCGUCAUCUUCCCGGGAAAUCUCUUGAGUCCUCGACAGGCGCAGAGAUUUGCAGACGUAGGAAAGGCACUGGGCGCGCCGAACUCCUUCCUCCGACGUUUCACACCUGCAAAUUCCCGGUAUGAUGCAGUCAUCGAGUUGCUAGCCGUCCACGCUGGUAACCGCCAGAAAUUGACCAUCUUCGACUUCCCCGAAGUGUUCCGUCCUUUCGACGAUAAAGAUGGUUGGGAUUACUGGAAGAUAUUUGUGGACGACCAGUCCUACCACGAGGGCCACGGACAUGCUUAUGAGAAUUAUGGCAUCGACCGCGAAGAAGGCUGUGCCAUCAUCAUCCGGCCAGACCAGUACGUGUCAUAUGUGGGACUAAUGGACGAUUAUGAUGCCAUAGAUCGCUUCUUUUCGAACUUCAUGGUGGAGCAGCAACAGAGACUGGGAGACCUGGGUGCUUCUGAUGUGCUACAGGAAGCCCAAAUUGUGGCAAGGAACCCAGAAGCGAUAGCAAUCCCCAAGGCCAUCAACAAUUCGACGAGCCUGGUGGCCGUGUAGGCACAGCAUAGCCAUCAGUUGCAGACCAUGCAUUGCCGUAUAGGAGGUGCAACGCGCUGAAUUUCCCAGUCUCAAUACGAAUGCACGUACAAUGAAUGAAAUACAAGAUCAUCUGUGCAGA